AUGUUUCACCUGCUUAAUCAUCCGGACACAAAGUAAAAGGUUAUUGAAAAGAGAGAGAAAAAACAGAGGAAAAUUGAGAUGAAAGGGAGAGAGGCUCAAUAAAAUUAAGAUAAUGUAAGCUUUAAGAUAUGUUUAUUGAUGUAGUCAGAGUAAAUUAUGGCUGAGGAAGAUAGUUUAAAUCAGAUGCAACAAAUUUCUAAUUAAGCACCUUCGCAAAACAUAAAUAUGCUUGAUCAAACAUUCGGAAAUUAAAUGGGUUUUGGUAGUAAACAAAAUAUAAGGAAUGACCCACAACCUGCUCUCGGAGGCAACUUGAAUUAAGUUCUUCUAAAUUAAUCAAUUGGAUAGAGUAACAUUUUACAGCCUAACUAAAAUCCUAAUAUGAGUAUUAUCUGUGAUAACAUUGAUGAAAUUAAGCAAAAAAUGAAAGAAAUUCAAGAUUAUAACUUAGAAUACUUCAAAAGAUAGAGAACUUGCAGACAAAAUUUAGAACAAAAGCUGGGGGAAAGUUUGAAAAAGUAUCUAGAAGAGAGUCAAAACUAGAAUCUUUACAACGAUCUGAUAGGACUUGGAAGAAGAAAGUGGAGAGCUUAUGAUUCUUUUUACAACAACUAAAGUAACAGAAGAAUGGAUGAUUCUAGGAUUAGCUAACAAAAUCAAGAUGACCAGCCCAUGGAGUACUAGUAUCAAGUACCCUAAAUAGAUCAAAGCAGUGUUAUAGUUGAGUAAAGAGGUAGAGGCUAAGGAAUUAAAUUUAAUGAAAGCAUUAAUAGAGAGGGCGCAGAGUAACAGUAAAAUAGAGGCAGCCAGAGAAAUGAAGAUUCAAAGGCAGACUGGAGUAAUCUCAAUUUCUCACUAGAUUAGAGAGAGAAUCAAAAUGAAUCUGGCUAUAAAAAACCUAACAGAGGAGACUAUCGAGGAGGUAGAGGUGGUAGAGGUCAGCUUAGAGGAGGGAAUAGCAAUAAUAACUAUGAAAGACAAGAGGAAACUAGAGAAUAUAGAGGAGACAAUAGAGGUCGUGCCAGAGGGAAUCAGAGAGGAGGAUAUAGAGGUGGCGAUAGAAAUGGUAGAUGA